CUUCCUCCACGACACCCUACCUCUCGUAGUUUCCUAAAUUUGGUCGGUCUGCUUGUCAUGCCCCUCCCCUUGGUCCGUAGGGCCGAUCUCCCUGUCCCGUCCAGACCAGUCACAAAAUGCCGCACGUAUCGACUACGUCAAUGCAGAGAUACCAGGAGGCGUCAGCAAGCAAUUUCUACGCACCCAGUAUGACAAAGCCCGACGCAUUGAGAAGGGGCGUAAGGGGUCCUCUUUCAAGUUACACUUUUUUGCAAACAGCAUACCUGGCAGUCCGGAGUGCGUCCCAUAGCAGAUGGGUAUCCACAUCGCUUGGACGAGAAGGCGGCUCGAGGAGGCAUCGGGGAACGUGGACUGCGUCGGUUUUGAGACCGUCGCCUACACUAGCAUUUCGAAUCAACUCGAUUGUCGAGCUUCGGGGUGCGGCAGGACCAACCCUCCCCGCGUUGGAGCAAGUGUCUGCCGCCACCGCAAUGGACAGGCCGGAAGCCUGUCUGCCAGCUCCUCGAUGGCCCGGAAGCGGGAGCACACCACCGCGGCAGCGCCGACUCGCGACUCGUUCCCCCUCACAGCUUUGCUAUGCAAAUGAAUAAAUUAAAUUAAAUGGGGAUGGCGCAGUUGCUGACAUCCAAAUCUAAGGCGUCCAUCUGAAUCGCCCGGGCAAUCACGAGGCUUGCCGAAUCGAG